UGGCAAGCCUCUCCCACAUCCAAGAUAGAAGAGUUCCUUCACUCAAAAGAUCCAGACCCAAUCCCCCGCCCGCCUCUUUUUUUGUGGGUGUUGACCGUGUUGACGGUGUCUGUGCUUCGACAACCUUUGCUAGAUACAUAACGCCUCUCUCUCCCUUCUACCCUCCCUCCAGUGUCUAGGCCCAAACGGAACGAAGACGACUCGCCCUCUAAGCUUUUCUUUCAUAUUUUUCUUCUCUUGUCCUUGAUCAACUUUCCUCUCGUUUGAUGGUUGUCCUCCUGUUUCGUGUUCUGCUCACUCUCGCUCAGUCUCUGUCUAAGUUUCCAGUUUCUUGUCCCACUUUUUUGGGAACAUUCAUUCUUCCAGGGUUUGUAGAGCUAGCGAAACGCUCCUAGGGAGUGAAAGGAAGAGGAAAAUGGAACAAGGUCCAAGGUGAGCAAGCUAGGGAUUGGAUGGUUGAGUUGUCGUAAACCCGUCCUUUGUUCGAUUGGAGUUCGAUCGUCAUUGGAGUGCGACCAACGAUCAACAACCAACCAUUGGGCAUUGAAGGCCCUGUUCGUUUGGUCAUGGUUGUUGACUGAUGAGAGAACGAGACAGCCCCAUUGAUCAUCCAUGUGAUUUUUCAUUGUUCUUUUUGGGGGCCGGUGUUGCAUAAUGCGUGUGAGAAUUGUGAAGGCUGAGCCUUGUGCUUUCAAUUCGAAUGCAUUUCGACUGAAGAAAGGCUGUUGCACUUCCUCUUCUAAUAAAUAGACGGAGGACCGAUGGUUCAUGUCCGCGGGAAAGUGCAACCAGAACAAAGAAAUUAGUUGGAAGAGGCGGAGAGUGAUCGUCCCUCGUUCCCUUGUUGUGCCAGUCCCAUGUCCCACUUUGGACUGAUCGCAUUUCUGGCCGGCCAUGAAAAGCAAGAGCAUUGAGAAGACUGUAGCCCAAGGUCUCAAGAAGGCCGACUACAAGAGCCCGGAGAAGACCUUGCGGGACGUCUUGGCCACGGUCAAGGCUUUCACGGGACUCGGGUACAACGUGGAUAAGUUCGUGUUCGACAAUGGCGACGAGCAUCUCUUGGCUCACGUGAAAGGCACCAUUCCGAUCAGCUACAAAUCCAACACCUAUAAUAUUCCGGUAUGUUUCUGGUUGCCCCGAGAUUACCCCAAAUAUGCAGCCAUGGGUUUCAUCCAGCCGACGGCCGAUAUGCAGAUCAAAGCCUCGCCAAAUGUGGACCAAAAUGGACGCAUCCAGUUGCCCUAUCUCUUAGACUGGAGUUAUCCUGACUCGAACCUGGUGGAAUUGAUUCAAUUGUGCAUCCUGAUCUUCAGCAAAGCACCCCCUGUGUUCUCCAAAUCCAAGUCCAAUCGCAAUCAAGGAGCAGUAGUUAACCUUCCAUCGCCUUCCAGUACCAGUAAUGGACUUUCCAGACAGACUUCCGUGCAAGAAGCUGAGGCUUCACCCUGUCAGAACGGAAGAGAGAAGCCCAACCCUGAAGACGAGCUCAAGGAUGAACACAUCCGCAUAUCCUUGAUAUCGUGCGUGAGCGACAAGAUCCGGAGCCGAUUGUCGGAAGAGUUCCAAAAAACCGUUGCCGAAUGUCAGAGCUUGCACCAUACUAAUAAAGAUCUUUUGGACGGCCAGGAGAACAUUGCCGAGAUAGUCAAGAACAUCGAAAGUCGAUCCUCGGAUUUGGAGAGUGCUCUUCAGGAUUUGCGACAGCAAAAAAUUGACCUCGCAGCCAAAGAGAAGCAAUUGUCAGAAAUCGAUUUGAACACGCUCAAUCGGGACGAGAUAGUCGAGCCUGUGGCUCCUGAACACGCCCCUUUGGUGAGCGCCUAUGCCACGGAUGGUGCUAUAGAGGACGCUCUAUUCUCGUUGUUACAGGCCUACCAGAAUGGCAAACUGGAUUGCCAGACCUAUUUGAAGAAAGUUCGACAACUCUCUCGGAAACAGUUCCAGCAAAGGUACAUUUUGAGUCAGAAACGGGCCCAACAAUCCCGAUCCUCGUCAGAGUCCCAACUGGGACGGUAUUUCGACCGAUCCUGUUCAACGGCCUCGAACCCUCCUUAGCGAAAUGGUUGCCCAACUGAAAAUCAUGAAUCAUGCAAAAAUUACUUAACUACUAAUGUCGCCAUAGAGAUCAAUCAUCUCUUUGUGAUAAUGUCACGGUCAUCCACUGCCAUUACAACCUAAACAGAAACGGCCACAUUCUUCCACACCGACUGAGCAAAAAUAACCCCCCUUAAAACGGAUGUGUUCAACCAAUCAACUAAACAAUUUUCCAAUUUGUCCCCGCACACUAAUAGAUCUUCAAAGGAUGAAGAUACGCCACAAGCACUUUUUUACUGCAAAAAGAAACAUGAUACAUUUUAUUAACCCUACAAAAACGUACCGAAUUGUACGUCCCACUUCAACUUAUCACAAUUCAACGAGUCCAUGGGAAUGUGCUUGUUACUCAUAUUCAAACAACAUAAUUCGUCAUGUGAUACAAAAACCCAUUGGCAUCAUCGCAAUGUCUUCUGUUACAUGUCACCAUUAAAUUAAUGACGUCCUUUAGAACAACCCAAUUAGUUGUACGCUUUCUUGUUCACUCAAUAAAACCGAUAAGCUUUAA